UUAUAGGAAGCAUUGUAAUCUAGAAUAUACUUACUCUUAUCUUCUCCAGUUUUGUUGUUCAGCCGAACAACGUCGUUGGCGGAUGAGCGGCGGACCAAGUGCGGACGAAGAGUCACUGGCUUACUAAGAAGAGGGACCAUUUGUGGAGCGAUUCGGACCAACUGCGCGCCCGUGCUAGCCAUGUCUGACGGCGCUGUAACGCCAAUACUGCGCUGGGGUGUUCCAGCAUGACGCUGGGCGUUCAGUAUACCUAGGGCAAUGUCAGAAAGUCGACGUCAGAAAGGCUGUUUUCUGACAAUACGUGGUCAGACAUACAUGGUAGUUCAUGGUGUGACUGUGGAUAGACCCGUCGACGGACCCUCAGCCUUCCAGCGUCUUGGCAGAUGCUUGAGCAUAUAUAACUUCGUUCUUCCGAAGUCAAAGUUCCUCGCGAUUUGGCAUAAAGCCAUCAAAGAUGCCAUCAACCGUCGUUCUAAUUAGCGGCGCCAACAGAGGUAUAGGCAAAGGUCUUCUCAAGCGGUACCUUGCCCGGCCAAACUAUACAGUCAUUGCAGCAAAUCGUGAUCCUGAGCAUGCGUCAUCCAAGGAACUGGCAGACCUGCCACGAGGGACGAACAGUCAUCUCAUUGUCGUCAAGGUCGACGCCGCAAAGGAAAAAGAUGCUAUCGAUGCGGUCAAAGAGCUCGAGAAGCAGGGAAUUGAGCACAUCGACUUGGUUAUCGCAAAUGCAGGCGCCGCGUAUGCCUUCGGCAAAGUGUCGGAGAUUAGUAUCGAUGAUGUGAAAGGUCAUUUCGAACCGAAUGUGUACGGCGUCGUGCGGUUGUACCAGGCGACCCUGCCGCUGCUGCUGAAAUCGUCGCAUCCGAAGUGGGCGACCGUGGGCUCCCUCGCGGGAAGUAUGGCGAAAUGGCUGACUGACAAUUUCCAAAAGAAACAACCCGAUGCUCCGAACUCUGCGUACGGGCCUUCAAAGGCCGCGGUGCACUGGUUCACCAAGGCAAUGGAUCGAGAGGAAGAAAAGCUUACCGCUUUUGUAAUCCACCCUGGCUGGGUUACAUCAGAUAUGGGUAACAUGGGCGCUCGACUUUUUGGGCUCGAGCAAGCUCCGGAUAGUCUUGACGAGUCCUGUGAUAACCUGGUUAAGCUGUUUGAUGAGGCCACAAAGGAGACGCAUGGUGGCAAGUUCUGGUGGCAUAACGGCAAGGAGGAAUCAUGGUAG